AUGGCGAAGUCUGAUUAUCACAUCUCUCUAUAUCUUGCGAUCGCAUUUACACCUAGAGUAACAUUUAACCCCUCAGUGACUAAGGCAGAAUUCCGCUCGACUUGGUACAGACGAUCAUAGUAAGUUAACAGCUUCGGCAGAACUGUUCAUGCUCACAAACCAGUUUACUUCGAACUUCGGGUCGUGGUUCUGCCGUUUGGAAGAAAUACUAUUAUUCUUAUGCCGCAAAACCUCGCUACGUAA